UUGAUUCGAGUUUAGUUCAGUGUGGUUUCCUCCAAGUAACGUAGUGUAGUGUAGCUUAGCUUAGCUUAGCGUUACAAGAGAAACAUUUAUAAAAUAUAUACACUGAAUUCUUUGUUUUGUUUUGUUUUGUUUUUAUCAAAGGAGUUACAGGGAAAGGUGUGUGUGAUGAGUGCGCCGGUGUAUGCCUCUGAUGAGGAGGAGUGUGUGUUGGAGUCGACGGCGGCUGAUCUCGGCAGUCACGCACAUGCCAGACGCCUACAGGCUCCGAUUACAGAACUUUCAGUCAUCGGUCCUGCAGAAACACACACGCAGCAGGUGAACAAAGGAGAACGUGUGGAGGAGAAGCUGCAGGUGUUUCUGCGUGUUCGUCCUCUUACAGAUGCAGAAAGACAGCGUGGAGAAGAUCAGGGCUGUGUGUGUGUGCAGAGUGAAGACACGCUCCUCCUGAAGGCCCCUAAAGACUCUCACAGCAUGAAGAGUGCGGAGAGAGGAGUGUCGCAGAGUGUACACAAGUUCACCUUCACACAGAUUUUCGGGGAAGCAGCAUCUCAGCAGGAAGUGUAUGAUCAGAUGAUGAAGGAGAUGGUGCGGGAUGUCCUUCAUGGAGAGAACCGACUUCUCUACACAUACGGAGUUACAAACUCGGGCAAGACCUACACCAUUCAGGGCUCGGCAGGUGAAGCCGGUCUCCUCCCCCGAGCUUUAGUCUCUGUGUUCACUGCGCUGGCGGGACAGCUUUACCCCCGUGCCGACCUGAAGCCCAUUCUCAAGCAGGAGGUCCGCCGACUCAGCGAUGCAGAGGUCCGCAUCGAGGAGGACAGACGCCACGCUCUGCUGCGAGAGGAGGAGGUUUGUAGGCAACGUGGGGGUGUUAAUGCAAGUGUUAGCUGGGACAGCGGGAUCAGUGGACUCUCAGCCAUCACACGACUGGAAGACUCAGACGGUGUGUGUUUGGACAUAGACGGAGUGGGUCUCGGUGAUGUCACAGUGGAUAAAACGCUGCAGUUCGGCAUCUGGGUUUCAUUUUACGAGAUUUAUAACGAGUUUGUUUAUGAUCUGCUGGAGCCACCCAUGUCUCUGCACACACAGAAGAGGAAUACGCUGAGACUGAGCGAUGACAAGCACGGCAACGUCUAUGUCAAAGAUCUGACUUGGGUGAAUGUGCGCAGUGCUGAUGAGGCGUGGCGAGUGCUCACUGUAGGGCGGAGCAACCAGAGCUUUGCCAGCACACACCUGAACCACAACUCCAGUCGCAGUCACAGCGUGUUUACUGUGAGAGUGCUGCAUAUCCAGCCGGAGGGGGGCGCCACACACAUCAGCGAGUUGUGUGUGUGUGACCUGGCCGGCUCUGAGCGCUGUAAAGAUCAGCAGAACGGAGAGCGGAUGAAGGAGGCGAACAACAUCAACACUUCCUUGCUCACACUGGGGCGCUGCAUCAGUGCAAUGAGACACAACCAGACGUACAGGCAGCGCCCGGCGCAGGUCGUUCCUUUCAGAGACAGUAAAUUAACCCGAGUACUGCAGAGUUUCUUCUCAGGACUCGGCCGCGCCUGCAUGAUGGUCAACGUCAAUUCUUGCAGUUCCAGUUACGAUGAGACACUGCACGCCCUCAAGUUCUCUGCCAUCGCCACACAGCUGGUCCAUGGUCCUGCAUCUAAGAACCGAGUGGCCUACAUCCUCUCCUUGCUGCGUGAUGACUCCGCCCAUGCAGACCUGCUGGAGGAGGAAGAGGAGGAGAGUGAUGAAGAGGAGGAUGUCAGCAUGUUCCAGCCUGAGGCUUUGCUAAAGGCGAUUAAUGUGCUAAAACGAGAAGUCCUGCGUCAGCGGGAGGAGAAAGAUGAGCUGGAGCUGAAGAUCAGAGAGCAGGUGUGUACAGAGAUGAUGGAGGUCAUCAACCGCAUGCAGCUCGACUUCAGUGAGACAAUGGAGAGCGAGAGGGAACUUAUGGAGAACCGUUGUGAGAACAAAAUCAACAACCUGAAGAGCAGCUUAAAGAAAUACUACAGUCAGGAACUGGAGGAGAGAGAUGAACAGAUCCGAGAGCUCAGUGCAGCCCUGAGAGAGAAGGAGGGUGGAAGCGCAGCUCCUAUUGUUCCUUCUCUGGUGGAGUGUGAUGGGCCGCGACGAUCUCAGCGCAUAGCUUCAUCACACAAACACAGCAGCCAGCAUGAACAUGCAGAUAUGGAGCAAAAUAAAGCCGAAUUAGCACAAGUUAAAGCUGAGCUUGAGCAGUGCAGAGCUGAGCUUGACCUCAAACAAACCGAGCUUACGCUCAAAACACUCGAGCUGAAGCGUUUUCAGGAUCAUCCAGGAGCCUCAAGCCUGACUGCAACUGCAGAGCGCAAACUCAUCGAGGGACAGAAGACUCUGAGGCAGUUGCGUGCUGACCUGCACACACUGGUGCUGAAGCUGCAGUCUGGAGAGCGAGCAUGCUGCCAUUAUACUGAAGGAGAGAAACUCCGCACAGCCCUUAACACCGCCGACUCAACACUCAUCAAACAGGAUCAGAUGCUGAUGGAUCUUCACUCAACUCUGCAGCUCCUUAAAGCUCAGCUCCAUCGUAAAGAUGAGACUUUGGCAGAUCUUAAGCGACCUUUCACCCCUGCUACUCCUGUCACCCCUGUGACCCCUAGCUCCUGCAGUAGGCGGGGCUGUGGAGUUGCUGUGGCGAUGGUAGAGAACCAACCCCCAGGGAAGCGAGCGUUCCUGCGGCUCUUCACGCCGUCACGUAGCAGCAAAAUGAGAGCGAAGGCAGACACGACAACACCGUAUGCCCGUAUACUGCGCUCACGCCAACCCUCUCCCCCGCCCAGCCCCGCCCUCACACGCAGGGGCAGGUUCUAAUGACACUAAUCUGACUCCUGAGUCUUCUGACAUUUAUUACUGAGUUAAAUGUCAGCACGUUACUUCUGUUACUUCCCAACCCUAGUCCCAUUCUUCUUUUUUCAAUCGCGCAUAACACUGAUAUGGUAGUUAAGCUUUAACAUGCCUAAUCAGCUAACUAACAGCCUUUCCUGGGUUGAAGUGGGUGUGUUGGGAGCAGGGACACUAAAAUGUGCGGGACAGGGGGUUCUCCAGGACCAGGGUUGGGAACAUGUGCUGUAAAGCAGAAUGUUUAAUUAGCCAAGCCUUACGGAUUAUGGAGCAGCAGCUUUUCCUCUGUUCAUACUUAUACUAAACUAUACAUUCCUGUCACAUAUGUAGAAUUUAUUAUACUGUUAACUAUUAAUCAAUUCUCCAUUAAGCCAUAGUUACACUAACAAUCUGUUCAUUAAGAUGAAGAGCAGGACGAGGCAGGAUUUCCUUAAUUAGCUACUCAUUAACAGUUCAUUAGUGUAAUAACCAUCAUGCUAAUGAAGGUAUGAUUAUUUUAUAUGCAUAAAUAUUACAAAAUAUUGUAAUAUUUUGUAUAUAUGAUCAUUUUAUUUUAUUCAGUGUUAUUUAAUCAUUCAUCUCCUUCAUUAACAGAUUACUGGUUUAUUAUUUAACAGGAUUGAUCUAUAAAUUGUAGUAAAAAACUACUUGGAUUUUUUGCAGUAAUUCAGCUGGGAGAUAAGGAUAUAAAUAUACAGUGUUAAUUAUCUUUAUCUAUAACUCAGCAGUGAUUAACACUUAAUGAGUCACUAAACAAUCAGCUGUGGCUAAUCAGUGACUAAUUAAUGGUAUAAAUAAUAUAUGUGACUCUUAAUGUAAAGUUUGAAGUUUGAACUGAACGUUUAUUCAACAUUUGAUUGGAUUGAUGUUCUCUCUGGAGUAAAACUGUUUUUGAUAACGUUUAAAGCUUUAAUCACACAGCACAGUUUGUACAGUUCUGUAGAACAUCUGUAAGCGAUUAGCACAAUUAGCCUAGCUGUGUGUGUGUGCACACUGUUACACAGGGCGUUCUCGUGGCAUUUAUACAUUUUAUUUUUACUUUAUAAUAUUGAAUGCAACAGUGUGUUUAUGCUGAUUUUUCAUUUGUGUGAUGUGAUUACACAUGGUCAUAUGAUAAAUCUAUUCACAUCUUUAUGCUGUUAAUUAUUCACUUUAAUGUUUAUAUGAGUUGUGUGUAAAAGAAACACUGCUGUGGCCAGAAUAAAACACAUUCACAGAUACAGA